UGAUAAGACCGGAAGGGGUUAAAGGGUAAGGUUCACGAGUUAGCAGAAAGCCUGCACACAUCAGCGCGCGUCACUCACCAGCUCCUCAGUUUGUGUGAGCUCGUCCCGGGGAGACCACGGCACAUAGAGCGCUCCACUAAGGUUGUUCACGCCACUAUGCGGGGCCCGCGGGCUCUGCUGGCUUUAGCGGUCCUCUGCGUCCUCGCCCCCUCUGUCCUGGGCGUCCGCUGCUCCCGACCCGCGUCGUGGUCGGUGGAUGGCGUGCGCCCGAUGGAGCAGUUGCGCGGCAAUGUGACGUUGGUGGCGCUGCUAAAGGCUAGCUGAUCCUUCUGUAGAACCCAGGCCGCAAGUCUGGAAGUUCUCCGGGGUUUGUUUGCUGAUCACAACAUGCCCGACAUCAACAUGAUCAUCAUCAACGCCUACGACAACGCCUCCCUCGCCCUGUACAACGAAUUCGCCAGUCUGGUCACCUUCCCCGUGUACCAGGACACCCCACAGCUUGGACUCUGGGAACGGGUCUACGGCGGCCACAAGGACGAUUUCUUCAUAUUUGACAGAUGUGGACAAGAGACCUACCAUAUCCAGUUUCCGAUGACCUACCUUCAGUACCACUACACCCAGAGUGCUCUCAUUGCAACCUACCGGGACAGCCCUUGCUACUGUCGGCUCAACUCCCGGCACCAUCAAGGUCAACAAGGUCAACGAGGUCAACGAGGUCAACGGGGUCAACAAGGUCACGGCCACGGCCAGUCCUCCUCUCGUCAUCAUUCCAACUCUAAUCAUCAGAUGCAGGGAGAUGAUCCUACAGUACAACGUGUGCCCUCCAGAUCUCCCAGAUGUCAAGACCUUUUGUGUAGGAUUCUCAGAAGACUGAGACGUCAGAACAGGCUUAACCUGAACAGAAAUAGCUAUUCCCAUCGCCACAGGCAGCACUGAGCCUGCCCCAACUCCCCUUCCACGACCCUUGUACCCACCCAUGAUUGUUUGUGCUCCUCGCAGGAGUCGAGCCGCAGAUGAUCGUGUUACCAGCAGCUGACUGACCUCGGUGACAGUCGUCCUGUGGGCUGGAGGUGUUCCUGACAUCACCCAUCUGCAGUUCUGAGGGACAGAUGUCUCUGUCAGUCCUGCAGACAUCAGUCACGCCAAUCCAAACCCUGACGUCUUGAGAACAGGUGACAGUGACGUCAGCAGAGUGAUCUGUCACUGAAACGUUGUCAGUGACCGUCAGUCACAGAAUCUAGGUGCAGCUGACCAUCCUUUGGCGACUGUGAGUGCCGUUUUAGACAUGACACUUGAUCAUGAUCUUCAACGGUUGCCCGUCGCUGAAACUGCCCUAGUGGCCCCGAGUGCUGACAGUGUCUCGAAGGAGGUCGGGACUGUCAGUGACCAAGGUCCGGAUCUGCUUGACAGUGACCAGGUACUGGGUCUUCCUGACAGUGACAGCUUCAGACAUCUGAUAGGUCACCCUCAUCCUGACAGUGACCAACUGGGUUGGGGGGUACCUGACAAUGACAACAUAGCUCAGGACAAAAUCCAUCGUCUUGACAAUGACCUUCAGGUCUAGGGUCCCCUUGACAGUGACAAGGGCAGGUCGCUAGUGGUGCAGGUUCAUUGUACCAGUGACAGGCACAUGAGUCAGGUUCAGUUUCCUGACAGUGUCAGACUCAGCAACAGUCCUGAGACUGACCAUCUGGACUGGCAGGUUCUUGACAAUGACAAGGGCAGUCCAGUUCUUCUUCCAUCUCCUGUUCCUGACCGUCUGGUUUAGAAUCCUGACAGUGACAAGGUCACAACUCAGGUGUGUCCUCUCCAUCCACCUGAGUGUGAUCGGAGAGCGGCAGGUCCACCUCCCGAGUCACGUGACAAUGACCUCUCCGAUGACUUCCCUCUCUGGGUGCUCCUUGACAGUGACCCAUAGGAAGAGGCGCUGAAUGACAGUAGUCUGUCACUAGCUUCCACUUGCCAACCAUAUACUUCCUCCUCUAAAUAAUUGUUGAUUCCAAACGAUCCUAUCCCUGAAAUUGAAAGCAAAUGUCACACAUAUAUAAGUUUGUUAUCAACAGUUGUCCUGUAUCUUUCUCCUCUUCCACUAUGAACUUCUUAGCUGUCCAGAAAGAGGCCAGUGUUAAUGAAAGCAUUUGGGAUAAAACCUGGCGGUCUCCCAAUGAAGGAAGUGAGAACUGGGGUAUCGCUGGACGUCUAGGGACAACAUAGGGCAGAGAUCAUCCAUGUUGCAUUACCAUCAAUCUUUGUAUUCAUCUUUCAUCACAAGGUGGGGCACAUUACAAAACACAUAAAACUUUCAUCAGACGAGUGAGUGGUAGUGAACAUAUAUUUGUUAAAGUGUUUUUUCUGCUUUGUCCUGUGCCUCUGUUUUGACAUGAUCUGAUUAUCAAUGUGUGUUUAAGUAUUUGUGGGUGGUUUUAUUCAAAGGAUGUGAAAUAAGUGUAGAACCUUACCCUUCAAUGUCAUCAAAAAAUUGCAUUCCAAAUUCCAAAUUCCAAAGAUGACCAACUAUCAAGUGUUGGUCUUAAUCCUACUGGACCAUUUCAAUGUUUUGUGUGAGGGACAUAUUUGGGUCAGGUUGCAACAUUUGUGUUGUAGUAUCGGCAACUCAUGAAACUGUAGCUAUUGACUUCUACCGAAAAUGAGAAGCCAUUACAAAACUUGGAAAAGCGUAGUGGUUUUGAUCAACUGGUGAGAAUGCAAUAGAUACAGACUCGAGGUUUUGUGUGAGUUUAUGAAUAAAACCAUUUGUCCUUA